UCAGCCCUCUGUCAUAGCACUCUUUGAAUCUUUACUGAACUAUGUCGUUCACAAUCGUCCUAUGAUAUUUGUCUGACGCUUGUCGUGGUAGAUUAACGCAACUCGAGAGUUGCGACCGCAGUGGAGAUGGCCCAGUACGUCUAUCAGCCUUUGAAUGAAAGCAACAGCGAAAUCAGGCUGGUAACGUUGCUACCUUCAUCGGAUCGAGACAGCGAAGUGAUCUGCGACCUCAAAAUUGUUCGACUUACAAAAGAGGACGCCCCACACUACAUAGCACUAUCGUACACCUGGGGUUCCGCAGAAUCGCCUACGAGGCUUCGAGUCUCGUCAGAAGAUGAUCACAGUAUCGACAUUACCAGAAACCUUGCAGAAGCUUUACCGUAUCUUCGCGAUCGUGUUUCACCCAGAACACUAUGGAUCGAUAGCAUUGCUAUCAACCAAAAAGAUCUAGCGGAGAGGAGCCAACAGGUCCAGCGGAUGGCUGAUAUCUACAGUUUAGCAGCGGGAGUGAUUGUUUGGCUGGGCAAAGACGACGCCAGCAGUAAGGUGGCUAUGAAAACGUGCAUGAUCCUUGGUACCAAGGUUGAGGUUGAAUUCAACGGAGAAAAGAAACUGAGAAGCCUGACUGAUGAACUGGAUGAUGCUCAUUGGGUCGACAUGAGACAACCGCUUCCGUACGACUUCGCAACAUGGCAGGCGAUCCUAGAUUUUCUGCGCCGACCGUGGUUCCAUCGCCUCUGGAUUUGGCAGGAAAUAAGUCUAGCCAAAUCGAACGCUGUCAUUAUGUGUGGCACCGACACGAUGCUAUGGAAACGACUCCGCACAUUGCUAGAUUGUAUUGCCUAUAAGCGCUGCCUAAUUCCAUUUGUAGGCGAUGAGACUGAAGACGCAAGUGUGUUCGUGUCGAACGCGUAUAAUCUAGCAAGGGGUAUGGAAGUUUCGCUUUUGGAUCUGCUUGCAUACAUGCGACAUGCUCAAUGUCACGAUCCACGAGACCGGGUAUACGGUAUCUUAGGAUUAUCAUUCAAGAUUGGCACGGGAACAGACCUACGACCCGAUUACAGCAAGCCAAUAGUGGACGUGUACAUGGACCUUAUGAUGGCCUCGAUGCAGAAGUUGAAACGUCUUGACUUGUUGUCCCUAUGCAGAUACGAGGAAACGAGAGGAAACUGGCCAUCCUGGAUACCUUAUCUCAUGGACUUGGAAAAGGGGCGUCGCAUACCCUCGUUUGCGUCUGGGAAGUCAUGCUGUGAGGUAGAACUGCUGGAAAACAGGAUACUGCGGAUGACCGGAAUACGUCUGAGUCAAAUCACCAUGGUAGAUGAGUUUGAUGCGUCUUAUGAAAACGCUGAAUCUGCGAUCCGACGGUGGGCGAAUCGUUUAGAUAUGGCUUCCGAUUACGUCGAUGGCAAAUCUCUUGCCGAAGCAUUGUGUCUUGCCAUCUGUGGAGGUGACCUGGCAGACUACCAUGUGCCAACUCUCAAGUCACAUCCAGGCCUAGCGUCAUCGGUAGCAGUGCUUAAAAACACUGUGCAGCCUGAAUUCAGUACGGCUGUCACGGAUUGGGAUAAGAAGGACUUCUUCCACCACGUGUUCACCAUGUGCAGAGACCGAGCACUCUUUACAACGUCCUCUAAUCACAUCGGUAUAUGCCCUAAAGAUACCCGCAAGGGUGACCAGAUUUGCGUAUUACUUGGAUGUGAUGUCCCAGUAGCCAUACGUUCAGACUCGAAUGGGCAUUACAAGAUAAUCGGAGAUAGCUACGUGCCCGGAUUCAGCAGCAAUGAAGGGUUCGUAGGACCUCUACCUAAAGGUUAUAGAGAGGUGCAACACUAUAACGCUCAAUCAGGGAUGGACUAUUGGGUCUACCUGGAUUUGGAGACUGGGAAGAUUCAGGUCGGAGAUCCAAGGCUGGGUGAUGAGCUACCUUCAGGUUGGCAGCGAGUCACUGAUAUUGAAGGGCAAUUCUGGGAAGAAUACGUCCAUGAUGGCGCGUCGAGUACGCGGACAUAUCUUGAUCCUAGGUUGACGAAGCCGGAGCUACUUAAGCGCGGAGUACCGCUAGAAGAUAUUGAGUUUUCGUAGGCGACGAAUUUCAGGAAUGUUGAACAAGUGAGUUCCUAGCGCUCGAGGCUGUUACGAAUCCCCACAAUCUGUGUUGUGAAAAUACAGAUGGUGUGAAGGUAGGGCCCGUGAUGCGAAGCACGUGAAGGAAAGAGUCGCGACAAGCGGGGCUUAUCUGUCAGACUACGCGCUAAGCGAGACCCUGAUCAAAGUGAUCGCGCUCUCCCGCGCUAAUUAUGUGCAGAACAUUUCCCCUCGCUUCUACACCAACAUAUCCACUCGAUCCACCACCAUGCCUAUCUCCAAGAAGGACAGAGUACGUUGAAUACCAAACACUGGCUGCUG